CCUCUGCCAUCUUUCUCCGCCAUCAGCAUGACAACAAGUGGGACCUCCAAUGCUGCACGAGGCUUUGAGGACAACAUAGAUGCUGAGGAAAGUUGUUUCGGUGUACCUCAGAGCAUUGUUUGUGAUCAGAAUUCAACCAGCCCGGAUGUUGCCUCGCUUUCAACCCCAUCCACUGACAACUUAGUCGGUGAUGAUGACUUCACCGGCCUCAUCAGCAUGUUAGUGGUGAGACUUCUGUCAAAAAUCCAAACCCAAACUGAUCUGUACCCAACUGACGUCACACGCACGUCACAAGACCUGAUUCCAAAAGUUAUAGCUGCCUUCUGUGCAUGGUCAGGCUGCUCUGAGACCCAAGCUUAUCCCAAGAACCUGAAGAGUCACAAAGUAUACAGCACCGUCUACAAACAUCUGUUGAAGGAGUUUGGCUCAGAGAAAAUACUCCAACUGGCCGUGUCGACUCAGGACUCCACUUUCAAUAGGAUUCUUGUGAAGUCAUUGAGCAAGGAGCUUCUCCACAGUUGUAACGAGGCAUCAAGAGCAGCCUCAAGAACAUCUUUCGAAGCCACCAGGCCAGAAGCUCUUCUCAUGGCUGAAGAUGUGAAGGCUACCAGAGGGAAGCUGUCUUUCCUACAAAGGCUUGCCAGACUGAAAUUCAACUUAAAGCCAUUCAUGAUGGGAAACAAGAAGAAUUCCCGCCAUUCUGAAUCCAAAGACCAGACUACUGCUGAAGAGAUCAUGUUGGCACAUCCUGCCACAUUUGGACUCCCAGAGGGUCUUCCCUCCACCUCUCAACAGGAGAAGCCUCGCAAACGUCCCCUUCUAAUCAGGAUGUUUUCCACCAUCUCCAUAGGCCUAUCCAAGCCAUUCAAACGCUUUUACCUUCGACAUCAACAAGCGACGCACGGGCUGGUCCUGCAGACUCCCACGCCCAUGGCCCAGGAGAAGGCUGGGGGCCACCUGCUCACUCACGUCCCAGCCAUCUCCUUUGAGACCGACUCUACUGUGGAGUGCACCUCCAAGAGGACUCCGGAAGAGAGGGACCGGGUGACGGUUAAACUGGCCAACAUGGCCUUGAUGGGAAGGAUCAAAAGUCUUGGCUGUGAAAUGCCCAUUAUAUGUUAA